AUGGCCGAGGGCGGCAUUGAUCGAAAUGCAGAUGAGCGAAUGGAGUUUUCCACCUCGAAAGAGGUGACGGUUGCCCCGACCUUUGAGGACAUGCAUCUCAAGGAAAAUCUCCUCCGUGGAAUCUAUGCCUACGGCUACGAGUCACCGUCCGCUGUUCAAUCACGCGCAAUCGUUCAAAUAUGCAAGGGAAGAGACACCAUUGCACAAGCCCAGUCAGGUACCGGCAAAACCGCCACCUUUUCCAUCAGUAUUCUACAGGUCAUCGAGACCUCAGUUCGCGAGACACAAGCACUGGUACUGUCACCCACGCGCGAGUUGGCGACGCAGAUUCAGAGCGUCAUCAUGGCCUUAGGAGACUACAUGAACGUCCAGUGUCAUGCCUGCAUCGGUGGAACAAAUGUGGGCGAAGAUAUCAGAAAACUCGACUAUGGACAACACGUCGUUUCCGGCACUCCAGGCCGGGUGGCAGAUAUGAUUCGACGACGAAACCUCCGCACUCGAAACAUCAAGAUGCUGGUCCUCGAUGAGGCCGACGAGCUCCUCAACCGUGGAUUCCGAGAACAGAUUUACGACGUCUACCGUUACCUCCCACCUGCGACGCAAGUCGUGGUCGUCUCCGCAACCCUACCAUACGAUGUGCUUGACAUGACCACAAAAUUCAUGACCGAUCCUGUCCGGAUUCUCGUCAAGCGUGACGAAUUGACCCUCGAAGGAUUGAAACAAUACUUUAUUGCGGUUGAAAAGGAGGAAUGGAAAUUCGAUACGCUCUGCGAUCUUUACGACACCCUCACAAUCACCCAGGCUGUGAUUUUCUGUAAUACUAGGCGCAAGGUUGAUUGGCUGACGGAUAAAAUGCGCGAGGCCAACUUCACCGUCAGCAGCAUGCAUGGCGAGAUGCCGCAAAAGGAACGCGACAGCAUUAUGUCUGACUUCCGUCAAGGCAAUAGUCGGGUUCUGAUCAGCACCGACGUGUGGGCUCGAGGGAUUGACGUUCAACAAGUUAGUCUGGUCAUCAAUUACGACUUGCCCAGCAACCGUGAGAAUUAUAUCCAUCGAAUCGGCCGGAGUGGUCGGUUUGGCCGUAAGGGUGUUGCGAUCAACUUCGUGACCAGCGAAGAUGUGCGGAUCCUUCGCGACAUCGAACUUUACUACUCCACGCAGAUUGACGAGAUGCCCAUGAACGUCGCUGAUUUGUUGACUUGA